CCCAACCGUCUCCCGUGCUAUUCUCGUAAUUCCGUUCCGAAACAUGGCGAAACUAGGGUUGCCGCUAGGGUUUCCGGGUACUUUUAAUUUCCUCGGCCCCGGGGAACGAGAGUUUCUCUGAGGGCGGAGGCGGUGCAUCGUAGCAGCAGCGUCGGACGUCGGGGGAUCGAUGGGCAACUUCAGGUUUCAUCAGUACCAGGUGGUGGGUCGAGCCCUCCCGACCCCGUCGGAUGAGCACCCCAAGAUUUACCGCAUGAAGCUUUGGGCUACCAACGAAGUCCGAGCUAAAUCCAAGUUCUGGUAUUUCUUGAGGAAGCUGAAGAAGGUGAAAAAGAGCAAUGGCCAAGUGCUCGCAAUUAACGAGAUAUUUGAGAGGAAACCGACAAAGAUCAAGAACUAUGGCAUCUGGCUGAGGUACCAGAGCAGGACAGGUUACCACAACAUGUACAAGGAGUAUAGGGACACCACACUGAAUGGUGCUGUCGAGCAGAUGUACAAUGAGAUGGCAUCCCGUCACCGUGUCCGGCACCACUGCAUUCAGAUCAUCAAGACUGCCACAAUCCCAGCCAAACUCUGCAAGCGUGAGAGCACCAAGCAGUUCCAUGAUUCAAAGAUCAAAUUCCCUCUCGUCCUUAAGAAAGUCAGACCACCUACCAGGAAGCUGAAGACUACCUACAAGGCCUCCCGCCCCAAUCUCUUUAUGUAGGGCAGUAAGCACCAAGCAUGUAUGCAAAUGUUUUCUUUUGGGCGUGCCCGGGUUUUCUUCAUUUCAUGAACUGUUGGAUUUUGUGAGUCUCUGUCAGUUUGUUUUUGGGUAAGAGCUUUGUGUAAGACCUUUAAAAGCAGUUUAGUUAAUUCAGUGCGACUAUGGGUAGAAAUUGUUUCUGAUUUUUACUAUAUCA